UGCGGAAUACUGUGUGAAAAUAAAUCAAAUGCCUCAAGGCACUGAGCCCCGUAUAAAAUGUCCCAAAUAAAUUAAAACGAAAAUUUUCAAAAAUUUCUGUUCUGUGCUGACGAGGUGGGACUGGGACUGGGACUGGGGCUCAAGGGCAGGGGCCUGGCAAUGAGAAUCAAAAACAUUAUAUAGCAAAAGAAACAGCGCGAAAACUAAAAAUAAUUGGCAAACAAAAUGCGACACAAAAAUUUGGCCAACAGCCGCCGUCGCAGUGUCAAAGGCCAGCAGAAACAGCAAACACAUACAGAUACUCGUACAGAUAGAUUUUGAUUGAAAAUUUUAAGUACAAUACUCUUGAUGUACGGUGCGGGACACUGUUCGCGUAAAUCUCUUGCUUGAUGUUUAACAAUAGUCACGCGCACCAGGAUGAGUACAUUCGCGAAUAUACCUUCGAGCCGGAGCUGCUGAUCAAUCGCGAGGAGUACUUGCGGGAGGAGGAGCGCGCCCACAAAUUGCCCUCGACGCCCGUCCGCCUGCGCUGGGAUGAGGCGAUUGCCAAGCAAAAGGAGAAGCAUCGCAAAGCCAGCAUUGAUGUGUCCAACGAUGAUACAAACCAGAUCGAUAUCGAUAUUGAGGCUUUCUACUAUAUGUAUGGUCGUUAUACCAAAGAUUUAGGAGAAUUCGCAAAGGAUGAAGCCAGAAAACUCAAGCUACUCGAAAAGCGACGAAAGCAGGAAGACAAACAACGGAAUAAGGAACUGCUAGGGACACAAUCGACCAGAGCAAAGCACAUAUCAUCAUGGAUCUGGAGGCAUACGGUGGCACGCCUGGGCGAGGACUGGGUCUUCUUGGCGUUACUAGGUAUUAUCAUGGCCCUGCUCUCAUUUAUCAUGGACAAAGGCAUAUCUAUAUGUACAAAUGCGCGUAUCUGGCUCUAUCGCGAUCUGACGUCACAUCCACUCAUUCAAUAUAUAUCUUGGGUAUCAUUGCCGGUCUGUUUAAUAUUAUUUUCUGCCGGCUUUGUGCAUCUCAUCGCACCGCAAAGUAUAGGUUCCGGUAUACCUGAAAUGAAGACCAUACUGCGUGGCGUUCAAUUGAAAGAGUAUCUCACAUUUAAGACAUUAGUGGCCAAGGUAAUUGGUUUAACGGCAACUCUGGGCAGCGGUAUGCCAUUAGGAAAGGAAGGCCCUUUCGUACAUAUAGCAAGUAUUGUAGCACAAUUAUUAAGUAAACUUGUCACAUCAUUCCAAGGCAUAUAUGAGAAUGAGUCGAGGAACUCUGAAAUGCUUGCGGCUGCCUGCGCCGUAGGCGUGGGUGCAUGCUUUGCCGCGCCCGUUGGCGGUGUCCUUUUUAGCAUUGAGGUCACCACAACGUACUUUGCAGUGCGCAAUUAUUGGCGUGGCUUCUUUGCUGCCGUGUGUGGUGCCACAGUCUUUCGACUGCUGGCGGUCUGGUUCCAGAAUGCCGACACCGUGCGAGCCCUGUUCUUGACUAACUUCACCACCGAGUUCCCCUUCGAUCCCCAGGAGCUAUUUGUCUUUGCAUUGAUUGGACUUGUCUGCGGUCUGGGUGGCGCAUCCUAUGUCUGGGUCCAUCGCCGCUAUGUCCUCUUUAUGCGCUCCAAUAAGCGCAUGAACAAGUUCCUUCAGAAAAAUCGGUUCCUGUAUCCUGGAUUCCUGGCCUUGCUAGUCUCCAGCAUAUCGUUUCCACUGGGCACUGGCCAGUUCCUGGCCGGGGAGCUGAGUACCCAUGAGCAGGUCACCCAGCUCUUUAGCAAUUUCACUUGGUCCCGCGAUGAUCUGACCGUGGAGCAGGCGGCAGUUGUAACCCACUGGAUGACCAGCUACACCAGUGUAUUCGGCAAUCUCGUCAUUUAUACUCUUUUCACGUUUAUCUUCUCGAUUGUUGCCUCCACGAUACCGGUUCCAUCGGGCAUGUUUAUUCCGGUUUUCAAGAUCGGAGCCGGCUUCGGUCGUCUGGUGGGAGAGUUUAUGGCGACGACAUUUCCCCAUGGAGUACGCUAUGGCGGACGCCUUUCCCCCAUUAUGCCCGGCGGAUAUGCCGUUGUUGGGGCCGCUGCCUUCUCUGGCUCCGUGACCCAUACGGUGUCCGUGGCGGUGAUUAUCUUCGAGAUGACUGGACAGAUCACCCACGUGGUGCCCGUGAUGAUUGCCGUACUGGUGGCCAACGCAGUGGCGGCGCUGCUCCAGCCCUCCAUAUACGACAGUAUUAUAUUGAUUAAGAAGCUGCCGUACCUUCCCGAUCUUCUGCCCUCGAGCUCCGGGAUGUACAGCAUAUUUGUGGAGGACUUUAUGGUGCGGGACGUGAAGUAUAUAUGGCACGGCAUCUCCUACCAGAAGCUCAAAGAAGUCCUCAAGGCAAACAAGACACUGCGGUCCCUGCCAUUGGUGGACAGCCCUGACAACAUGAUCCUCCUGGGGUCCGUGCAGCGCUACGAGCUAAUCAAAAUGAUUGAGAAGCAUAUUGGCAGAGAGAAGCGCAUGGAAGUGGCACAAAAAUGGCAAAAGGAGGCCGAGGAGCGGGCCCUUGAGGAGGAGAAGAAAAAGCAAGAGGUCGAGCUCAGAAUGCGGCGUCCCUCGCGCUUUGAAGUUCUCCCAGCCCCGGAUAUCCUGAGUUUGCGACAGAUUGCCAACGAUGAAAUGCUUCCGCCCAAGAAGCGUGCCGAAACGAUGCACAGCUCGCUCACUCCCAGGAAAUCCAUCCUGAAGAAGACAAACUCCUUUAAUCUCAAGACGUACGCCCCCGCUGCCCUGCACCACAGUCCGAGCAUCACGCCGUACACGACGAUAACCGGCAACUCCGAGUUCCGCAUCCGCUCCGCCUUCGAGGCGAUCUUCAAGAAGUCGACCACCCUCCAGGACGUCCAGCCCGAUGCCGAAACGGGCUCAAUCUCGCCAGCUGCCAGCACCAAUGAGGUCGAAGUGCAGCAGCGCACUGUUACUCCCAGCACUCCGGGUGUCUCGAAAAAGGUUCAGCUGAAUGAGCUUUACAAUACUUACAAGCAAGCACAAAAUAAUUGGAAUUUCGUAACAGAUCAAAUUAUGCUGCAAGUAAAUCCUAUCUCUACGGAUAAACCUGAACAACUAAACAAUAUGCUGGCUGAGAAGGAUAUCAACGAAGUUUUAGUCACAAAUGGGGAUAGUGAUGGGGAUACAUUUAAUUCAAGUCAAUUUCCUUGCAAAGAAGUGCUCGGGGAUCUGGCCAGCAUUAGACACAAGACAAAUAAGGUGUCGGAUGUGGAUGCCGGAAUGCCGUUUAUGGUGCAGGUCUCUACGGAUGAGAAGACUAUGCAGGAGCCAAAGAAAAAGGCGACAAAGAUUCGGUUUUCUGAUGAAAAUACGAACAAAUUAAACGAGAAUUCCGAAACGAUAAGUCCAGAAACAGAGGGAGAGACAAACAAGCCCUUUCAAAAGACGAAGUCCGUGCAAUUGCCCAGGGAGCGGGUUAUUGACAUGUCGCCCGAGGACCAGAAGAAGUGGGAGCUCGAGGAAAUGUUGAAGCCCGUCGAUUUGCAGAAGGCGAACGUGCACAUAGAUCCAUCACCGUUUCAGCUGGUAGAACGCACCUCAAUACUUAAGGUUCAUUCAUUAUUCUCGAUGGUUGGCAUCAAUCAUGCGUAUGUCACAAAGAUCGGAAGACUUGUGGGUGUUGUCGGACUUAAAGAGCUGCGAAAGGCCAUUGAAGACAUCAAUAGCAAUAGUUUUGUGGUUGCCACACGCGACGAUGAAACUGCGCCUGAAACUGAGACCAAGACAGCUGUGGAAAAGCCAUUGCUGGCGUUGAAUUCCAGUGAUAAGGCUGUGGAUAUGACGGUAACGUCGAUGGACUCGGCUCUGUCGAAUUCUGAAAACUGUUCCGACAUCGAAAUGGAACACAUAAAGCACAUGGAAGUGAAGCCAUCAUCGGUGACCCUCACUCAUGAGACGACAUCUGCAUCGAAGGACACAAAUACCACAGAAAAUGGCAAUCAUCAAACUUGAAACGAAACCGAUUGAGAUGAAAGAUGAAAGAGCUCUAAAGAUAGAAUAUUUAGCACUACAAUCAAUAUAUGUAUGUAUAGUAUGUAAUACGUGUUUGUAAAGAUCAGUUAAAGUCUAUUUAUAAUAAGUGCAGUCAUCGAAAGUUAUUAUGUAUUUAUAUCUCGCUAGUUCAUAAAAUGACAAAGAUAUCGUGAUUUAUGUUUAAGUUGAAAGAGGAAGGAACAAGUGUCAUCGCCUUUGUGUGUAUUGUCGAAGGGCAGUAAGUGCCUUAGAAUUUAUAUUCAAUGUGCCAAAUGGCGUUCCAAACCAAACCAAACCCAACCCCACAUACUAUCAACAAAUAAAAUAGUCAAUUCCACUUAAA